GCGAUUCAGCCCGUUUCGGGCUAUUCAACGCUCCAUUCGACCAUGGACAUCUACUCUCAACACCCCGCGCUCGCUGUCCACCCAAUGCAGUCUCCCCGCCGCCUAUUACCGCGGCGGCACAUCGCGCGCCGUCUUCUUCCAGCGCGACCACCUCCCCCCCAAGCAAUCGCAAUGGGCACCCAUCUUCCGACGCGUGAUCGGCAGUCCGGAUCCCUACGGCCGGCAGCUUGACGGUCUAGGCGGCGGCGUGUCGAGCCUGUCCAAGGUGUGCGUGGUAGGCCCGCCCACCCGCCCCGACGCCGACAUCGACUACACUUUCAUCGCGCUCGGGGUCCGCAAUGACCACGUCGACUACUCUAGCAACUGCGGAAACAUGAUCAGCGCCGUGGGUCCCUUCGCGGUCGACGCCGGUCUGGUCACCGUGUCCCCCGACACGAGCAGCCGCGUCGACCUGCGCAUCCACAACACCAACACCGGCAAGGUCGUCCGCGCGCGCUUCGGCGUCGUCGACGGCGAGGCUGCCGCCGAAGGUGACUUCGCUAUUGACGGUGUCGCCGGCACAGCCGACCCCAUUCAGCUUGACUUUCUUGAUCCGGCUGGCUCCCGCACCGGCCGGUUGUUUCCUACGGGUCGCGUGGCAGAUACGUUCGACGGUGUGGCGACUACCUGCAUCGACGUUAGCAAUCCCGCGUGCUUUGUCCGUGCGGAAGACCUGGGCGUACGUGGAAAUCUCACCCCCGACGAGAUCGACGCACACCCGACGCUGCUUCGGCGGCUCGACUCCAUCCGGCGCCAGGCUGGCGUGGCUAUGGGUCUGGCAGAUCAGCUGGAGGAUGUCCCCGGCAGUGUCCCCAAGAUCGGCCUGGUGUCAUCCCCGCUGUCCGAUGAUCGGGCUGUCCAGGCUGGCCAGACGCCAAAGGAGGUCGACGUGCUCGUACGGGCGCUCUCAGUCGGGCAGCCGCACAAAGCUGUGCCUAUUACUGUUGCGUUGGCCCUGGCGGCGGCGGCGCAGGUGCCAGGCAGUGUCGUGGAGGACGUGACGGGCGCCGCACGGGUCAGUUCGACGGGGUUAACUCUGGGUCAUGCCAGUGGGCGAUUGGUGGUGGGCGCAGAGUAUGGGGAGGAUGGGACACUCCGUCAUGCCACGGUCUAUCGAACGGCGCGGCGAUUGAUGGAGGGUCGUGUUUUCUGGAAGGGGAGCUGAUGUUGACUUAGUCUGUAUUAUACAUCAUCUAUUGUAGUUUAUUGAGGCGAGGGGUUGACCAUAGAUGUAUAUAUA